CUUUCCCCAACUAAACAAAAAGAAGCAAUCUAAAAUGCAAAUUUUGUAUUUUUGUAAAUUUUCUAUUUUUUUGCGAAUUUCAUCCGUCAUGCAUUUCGGCAAACAAACGACAACAAACCCAACAAAAUGGCGGAUUUGGAUCGAUGGAUAGAUAUUGCAAAAGAGUGCAAAUACUUGCCGGAAAACGAUCUCAAGGUAUUUGAUUCAAAUUUACAAUAUUCAUAGUAAAAUUCACAUAUUCGUGUAUAUUUCUGCCAAUUUUUGGCGCCCAUUUCCCACGAAUUCACCAUUAUUUUGCCCCGCUUUAUAAACCGAGGUUUGAAUUUUUUUUUCUCCAGAAAUUGUGCGAUUACGUCUGCGACUUGUUACUGGAGGAAUCAAACGUCCAACCAGUAUCGUCACCGGUGACUGUCUGUGGUGAUAUUCAUGGACAGGUAUUGAACAUAAUUGAAACGGUUUUUCUGUGGUAUGGGCUGGUUGAUGUACAAAACAACAUUACUGAUUUUCAGCACGUCAAAUUUCAAUUUUCAAAAUGUACUAUAAUUAUAGCGACUUUUAGUCCAGUAUUCAUAGUCAAAUUUUAAAAAAUAAGGAAGUGGUUUGUCUGGUCAUGAAAAUCAACAAGCUUUGGCUAUGUACCUGGCACAAUUAUUUUCUUUGUUCUGCUGGUAUGCUAAAUUUAUUUAUUUAUUAACUUUACAACCAUACAUAAAAUAGAUUAAACCCUACAUAAUAUGGUUGAAGGUAUGGUCAACAGGACAUGAAUAGCCCCAUGUGAAGACCAACCUUAAUGAAAACAAACUGUAACAAACAUAAAUCAAAGACGAGAACAAAUAUACAAUUUACAGAAAACAUGACGAAUUACGAACAACAGCUUAAGUUGAAAGAGCGGCACAACGUCGAGUAAAUCUAAUCAAUUCUCAAGCAAAUCCUCGUUAGCCGAGUCACAGAAUAAGAACAUACAGCAGAAGCGUCACUCAAGCAAGUAUUUGUCCGCAUUUUUACAAGCGAUUCCUGGCUAGUACAACCGGCACUUUGUACCUACCAAAACCUGAUAAAAACUUCCGGUUGUACUAGCCAUGAUGGUGUGAGCGAGUUAUAAUUUUUGUGGACGUAAAACAAUGACUGACUCGAGUUACAUUUCUGCUGUACAUUCUUGUGGCCAAGUGUUUAAGGGGCUGAUUACAUGGACCGGGCCAGCCCGGUAAAAAUGUCACGAAAAUCUUACUUGGGACGCAAAAUGAGUUUUAAAUCGGGUUUAGGAUGAUUUUGCAUCUAUAAUAAACCAAUUAUUUAUCGCAAAUUUAUUUUACGCGAGUUUUAAAACCACAGUAAGGUCCUAAACAAACGAGUCAGCCCGGUUAACCGGGCCAGCUCGGCACCAUGUAAUCAGCACCUAAGGCACUUGCCUUGUACGUGCUAGCUCCGUGGAUCGACCUGCAAGGCCAGAUCAGGUUAGAGAUUAGGUACCCCCGUACGUUAGGCGCGGAUAAGGUUCCCGUUAUUGUGAAACAACCACUGGCCAUUUAAAUUAACCAAUCAAAUGAAUUCACAGACAAAUAGCCAAAGCUUGUUGGUUUGCGUGACCAGAGAAAUACCACUUCGAAAAAAAUAAACUGAUUGAGAUCCCAAUCCUAGCCCCUAGAGCUUGCUCAAAUAAAAACGACCUGUCACAGCUUGAAAUGCUAGCGUACUAUAUGAGACGUGGAAAUGUGCAUUAAUUUCUUAUGUGCUGUAGGAUUAAUGCUAUAUUAUUAGCACUGAUGGAUCCAAAGCUUUGCAGUAAUAAAUUUACGUGGAUUACAAGAUUAAUGUCAUUGUAUUGAUAGCUGUCGUCCUGACGUCCCCUCUUACAUAGCGUGAGGCGGUUUCUACGACCAAAAAUCGACCAAAAAUCCCGAAAAAAACGAGUAAACCAGUUUUUUAUAAAAAUACGUUCGAAAAUCGAAAGUACGGUAAAAAAAGACACAACACGUUACUCAGCACUCACGCAAGAUAUUAAACGUAAGGUAUUUUGAAGACUUUAUCAAAUUUCAAACAAAAUCUCUUUAGUUUUUCGUGUGUAAUUGCCAAAGCUUGAUUCAUUCGCAACAAACUCGUAUAAGUAUGGUUCGAUUUUAGUAGAAUACUGAUUUUUCUUCGUUUUUCCCCGGUUUUCAUCCAAAAGUAACAUUGAGUAUUUCAAUUUUCAAAAAACAUCGGUUUUUCGGUUUACCGAAAACCGCCUCACUUUAGUCUUACAUGCGUAAACGCCUAAAUUUUUACCGACUUCACAAGAAUAUCCCUUGAGGUACCCUAGAGGAUUAUACAGUAAAUCAAAAAUUUUUGUUUUUAAGUUUUAUGAUUUGGAAGAGCUGUUCAGAACUGGUGGUCAAGUCCCCGAUACGGCGUACAUUUUUAUGGUACGAUAAAGACAAAGGAGUUCACAUACAUUAAACAUUUUAGGAUGAAUUAUAUCGAUGAAAAUCAGUGUAUUGUACCUGUCUGUGAACAAAAUGUAUAUUUUUCAUAUUACAGGGUGAUUUUGUCGACAGGGGCUACUAUAGCUUAGAAAGCUUCACGAGGCUUCUCACUUUGAAGGCAAAGUAUGUCUACAUCACUUUUUAUUCAGGGGCAGAUCUACCAUACAUGGGGUAUAUAAGGGAUGUGCACCCCACCUAGUAGUGUCUACAGGGUUCGAAAUAGCUUCCGGCGAUAGCCGGCAGUUUUAGGACCUUGCCGGCGAUUUUUAAUUUCAAAGCAUAGAGGAUCGGCGAAAAUAUUAUAUUUAUUCAUCGAUGGCUCGCUUACAAUAACACCGUACAUAUACACAGAACUUGUUAAUGUUUGUUCAUACACCAAAUAAAAUGUAUUACUGCGUUCCUACAAAUGUUGUGUUGGUUUACAUCGCUAUUAUUUGGCCUAUGCCCACUCCAGAACAUAACUAAACUUCGCUUGGAAAAUAGCCGGCAAAAAUUUUCACCUACGAAAAACAGCCUACAAAAUUUGACAUAUUUUCGGAACGUUAUUUCGAACCCUGGUCUGGCAUCCCCCUAGAGAAGUCCAGCACCAUACAUUGACCAUACAUUUUCUGCUUUUCGAAUAGCGAUUAGCGGAACUUCUAUACCGUUAGCGCGUGUCGAUUUCUUGAAACGAUUUAGUUGAUUUGUGAGCUCACGAGAAAAUACUCAGAAUGCUUCAUAAGUGAACAUGUCGAGGUUGUUAUACAGCCAUAUUUUCAAAUAUACUGUACUUUAACAAGCAAAUUUACUGUACUGUGCUACAGCAACUGUCCAGUCACGCAUACGUGAUAAAAAGCCGAUAUAAACUUUAUAAACAAAAGAUAAUGUAAAACGUAACAGAACGGUGAACAUGCAUAUUCGGCCAUCUCAAAUAAUGGUAAUGUUGGGAUAGUAGCGUUGCAGACUGCAGAGGAAAGUGGGCAGUAAGGCUCCCUCAUGCACCACCCCAUGGAAAACCUGCACCCCUCCUUGCAGAUGAGGCUAGGUCUGCCCCUGAGUUUCACAAAUAUAAUUUCAAACAAGAAUGGCUAUCACCAUCUCGUUUGUGAAUCAAAAACAUUACUUGGUUAGUUUCUCUAAGUCAUAAUUAACCUGGUGUUAACCUGAUUUUUACCGUAGAUGGCCUGACAAAAUAACAUUACUACGAGGGAAUCACGAAAGCAGGCAGAUAACACAAGUCUAUGGAUUUUACGGUAAUUUUAUGCCCUGUGUAACAUACAUUCAAAGUAACAAAAUGAAUGCGCUAUUAGACAGAUUUAGAAAACACGACGCCAACUGAACCGCCUUUGAAACAAAAUAAUUCUUCAUGCAAAACAAACAGUUUGAAUAAUUUGUGGUGUUCUGAAUAACGUUGAUGUUCUGAAUACAUUGUUAAACUAGUAUAGCAUUCUCACGUCAUUGGAGCAACGUUGGACGAGUUAAAUAAAAUCUGCCUCAUAAAUAAAAUCUGCCUGCCUGAGGCCGCGUCAUCAAGUUUGCCUCCACAUAGCGGGAGGUGAGAUGAUUUUGAUGUAUUGAAAUAAGUCACUAGGCUAAACGAAAGUUCAAAUGUUGGUUAAGAGAAUCAAGUUUUUUUGUAUGUUACGUAACACGCGCUCAAAACUAAUGCGUAUAAUAUAUCGCUUGAGGUUAUGACUACAUUCAAAAUAUUUAUUUUUCGACACGUUUCUCAAUCGGCAAACAAACUUAAAAAGUGUGUUUAGUGUUUUAUCUGUAAAAUGAUGCUAAAAUGAAGAGAUUUUAGAUGGUACGCCAAAGAGAAAAUGAUGUCUGAAGUUCAGUAAGUUUUGCUGUAAAUAUGGCGUCAAUUUUACAGCAUCAUUGAUAUUUGUAUUUUAAUUGACAAUUUUUAACUAUUAUUUUAUGUUCCUCAACCGGCAGAUGCAUUUAAAAAGGUAGCUAACUCUAUAAACUAGAGAAUAAAGCUAAAACAAAGUAAUUUUGAGAGGAACGCCAAAAAGAUUUUAGGUUUUGAACACUUUUCAUUAGAGAAGAUCUUGUAGUUCAAGAAGAUUAUUGCUGCUUGAACAACCUUUCGUUUACGUCGACUAUAUUCUAUCACUAGAAAAUAAUGAAGUAUUUUGCUGAAUUAUUUCAAUACAUCGAAAUCAUCCCGCCUCAUAUCUCGUCCUGGAAAGCGGGAAUCAAUAAACAGCCCCUAAAUCUGUCUAGUGUGUUCAAGACGUAUUACGUUUGGUUCGUCAAUCUUCAUUACUUUAACACUUCACUAAUAUACAACAUUUCAUUUCAGAUGAAUGUCAAAAUAAAUACGGCAAUGCAAACGCGUGGAAAUACUGUUGUAAGGUCUUUGACCUCUUGACCAUAGCGGCAGUAAGUUAGUUAAUUAUUAACCCUCUAAGACAUUGUGCUCUACUUAUUUUACUCUGUUUAAUGCCAGAUGAUUUUAUGCUCGUCAAUGGGAGAGAACUCAUGGUAGACGCGUAAAAAUCUCACAUCUUGUAGCAAGUCUGCCAACAAGCCGUCAACAAGUUGUGUUCGCACCGCUUGUCCCAAGUUGUCAACAAGUUUGGAACAAACUGUUAACAACUUGUAACAACCUUGUUGAUAUUAUCAGACUUGUUGCAAGGUUGUUCCAACAAGUCCGAUACAUUCGUGAUUUAACAAUAUUGGUAUCAGACUUGUUAGAACAACCUUGUAACAUUCUUGUUGUAUCAUGACUGUAUUAGACGUGUUAGAACAACCUUGUAACAUUCUUGUUAUAUCAUGACUAUAUCAGACUUGUUAGAACAACCUUGUAACAUUCUUGUUAUAUCAUUACUGUAUCAGACUUGUUAGAACAACCUUGUGACAUUCUUGUUAUAUCAUGACUGUAUCAGACUUGUUAGAACAACCUUGUAACAUUCUUGUUAUAUCAUGACUGUAUCAGACUUGUUAGAACAACCUUGUAACAUUCUUGUUAUAUCAUGACUGUAUCAGACUUGUUAGAACAACCUUGUAACAUUCUUGUUAUGUCAUGACUGUAUCAGACUUGUUAGAACAACCUUGUAACAUUCUUGCUAUAUCAUGACUGUAUCAGACUUGUUAGAACAACCUUGUAACAUUCUUGUUAUAUCAUGACUGCAUCAGACUUGUUAGAACAACCUUGUAACAUUCUUGUUAUAUCAUGACUGUAUCAGACUUGUUAGAACAACCUUGUAACAUUCUUGUUAUAUCAUGACUGUAUCAGACUUGUUAGAACAACCUUGUAACAUUCUUGUUAUAUCAUGACUGUAUCAGACUUGCUAGAACAACCUUGUAACAUUCUUGUUAUAUCAUGACUGUAUCAGACUUGUUAGAACAACAUUGUAACAUUCUUGUUAUAUUAUGACUGUAUCAGACUUGUUAGAACAACCUUGUAACAUUCUUGUUAUAUCAUGACUGUAUCAGACUUGUUAGAACAACCUUGUAACAUUCUUGUUAUAUCAUGACUGUAUCAGACUUGUUAGAACAACCUUGUAACAAGUCUAUAAUGCCAUGACUGUAUCAGACUUGUUAGAACAACCUUGUAACAAGUCUAUAAUGCCAUCAAGCUUGUUACAAGUUGUUAACAGCUUGUUCCAAACUUGUUACAACAACUGGGAACAAGCAGUGCGAACACAACUUGUCGACAGCUUGUGAACAGAUUUGUGACAACUUGUUUGCAGACCUGGAACAACUUGCGCAUUUUUACGGGUGUACUCGAUGGGCUAAAACGCACCUCCAUCUUAAAAACGAAAAUCAUUUGGUAUUUAUUUUCAUAGCAAAUAUAUCAAGAUUCUGAAAACUUACCAUUUUCAAAUUUCAUUAAUUUCUAGGUGAUCGACGAGCAAGUGCUCUGUGUGCACGGAGGACUAUCGCCAGACAUAAAGACGCUGGAUCAGAUUCGCACGAUCGAACGAAACAUGGAGAUUCCCCACAAGGGCGCUUUUUGUGACUUGGUGUGGAGCGAUCCUGAGGAUGUCGAGACGUGGGCCAUGAGCCCCCGGGGUGCAGGAUGGCUGUUUGGUUCCAGAGUUACAAAUGAGGUGAGAUGCUGGUUUAGGUUUAACAAUUUAUCAAUAAGAGAGGAUCCUUACUGGACCUCUAAGAAGAACAGUUUAGAACUGAUAGAGCUAUCAAGUAUAAAUAAAGUUAGUUUAGUUUAGGUUUCCUCCUGUAGUAACACUGGAUCAAUAAGAGAUGAUCCUUACUGGACCUCUAGGAAGAACAGUUUAGAACUGAUAGAGCUAUCCAGUAUAAAUAAAGUUAGUUUAGUUUAGGUUUCCUCCAGUAGUAACACUGGAUCAAUAAGAAAUGAUCCUUACUGGACCUCUAGGAAGAACAGUUUAGAACUGAUAGAGCUAUCCAGUAUACAUAUUUUAUUAUAUUAUUUAGUUUGUUCACAUCAACAACUUAAAACUGAUAUGCCGUGCUCAUCAACUUGUUCACGAGGGCUACAAGUACAUGUUCGACGAAAAGCUUGUCACCGUGUGGUCUGCACCAAACUAUUGCUACCGUUGCGGGAAUAUCGCUUCAAUUCUGGCGUUCUCUGAUGCUGACACGAAAGAAGCGAAAUUGUUUAAAGCUGUUGCUGAUAGCGAAAGGGUGAUUCCGCCACGGACUACAACACCUUAUUUUCUUUAGGACUGUAAAUAUUUGUAUCUUUCAAUAAGCCUUUCGGGGCAGCAGAUCGCGUGCAUGGUCAAAUUUGGAGAAAUAAAAUCGAACUAUACAUAUCUCGAUUAGGGAGGGGUCAUUACUUACGGCGGGGGGUGGCAGCGAAGAGAAAAGGGUUGGGUAAACAAAAUUUUGAGUGAGUAAAAGGUUGGGUAAAUGAAAAACAAAACAACUCAAGGGUUUGGUAAUAAAAAUUUAUUGUCAUUUCCAAAGCAUGACUCGCUCAAAUAUUGAAGACUAAAAAGCAAUGUCAACAGUCAUAUGUCAAUACAAUAUGUAAAUCAAUCAAUCAAUCAAUCAGAGUCACUAUCUUGAUCAUUUUUCGAUUUGUCAGGAGGCAAAUGGUGUCUCCAAAGAAAGUACAUGUGCAGACAACAUGAAACUUUAGACUGCAGAAAAUUACACAAACAGUUAUCAAACUCGUGUCACAGAAGUGGUAAAGGACAUUUGUGACAACUGAAUGGUAUCCUUUCGUAAAUUAGGAGUGGAUAUUUUUUUUAAUUGAUAUUUGAAGUUGGGUAAAAAAUCUUUACGCUUUAAUGGUUGGAUCAGCAACAUUUUUGCCAGGAAAAACAUUUCUCUUCGGUGCCACUCGCCGCCAUAAAUAUGACCAGGCUUUAUAUUCAUUGAAAAGAACUAACAUAAUGAUUUUCUCACUCUGAUAACUGCAGGUUGACCAGCAUCUGCCGCACGAUAGUGCUUAGAGAAACAUGUUGACAUCUUUUGCAAACGAACAAUUCUUAAGUAAUGAACUCAAGAUAUAUAACUGAAUCGAUUGUCUUCAAACAAUUACAUUGUUCCGAUUUUUGGUUUGUAUAAUAUUUGGGUCAUUCUAAAAAGAAAUGCAAUGUAUCUUUAUAGUAAAUAACCUCAUCUUGAUCAACUUUUUCGCUGUCAAAGUUUCCGGAUAUGAUGUCAUUAGAUGAAUUUUUGGUACAAAAAAUAAAGGAAAACUAAUUUGCAAUUCACCUAAUGACAUCAUAUUCGCAAACUUUGACAGUGAAAAAGUUGAUCAAGAUGGAAUUUUUUAUUAUAAAGAUAUAUUAUAUUUCUUCUUUGAUUGACCCAAAUAUUACACAAACCAAAAAUCGUAUUUGGUAUCAAGCUUCGCCUUCUGUAGUUUAAACUCUAUAAACGUUGAUAUUUCCUGAAGGCAAGGCGAUCCAUUUUCUUUGUUUGAAGUUGAUCGCGAUAAUGUGAUAUAUUAAUUAUAAAUAUCAAUAAACAAAGUGCCCCAAAAAAUUCACUAGCUAUGUUCUAGAUUUUGUAUACGAAUAUCAUGAAAAUUGGUCCAG